UAAAUAUAAAAAUCCAUCCAUGAACAACUAGUACUCUUGUUAGUCUUCUUCAUGAUAUCUUUUUCCUCUAUUGUAUUAAAGAACUCAAGAAAUUACGUUGCAUUUCGCUCAAUUAGUCCUAGAAAUCUUGUUUUACGCACUAAAUUUAAUAAAAAAUUUCAUUCGACAACCUAUUCUCACUACAAAUCCGAUACUAAAAUUAACAUGUCAAUUUCUUUAGCAGAAUCUAAAAAAGCUGUUCCAUUUUCCAGAGAACAACUAGAAAGUGUUCUAAAAAGACGUUUUUUCUUUGCUCCAUCAUUUGAAUUGUAUGGUGGUGUCUCUGGGUUAUAUGAUUAUGGUCCACCAGGUUGCGCAUUUCAGGCCAAUAUCAUUGAUAUCUGGAGAAAACACUUUGUUCUUCAUGAAGACAUGUUGGAAGUUGAUUGCUCAAUGCUAACUCCCUAUGAUGUCUUGAAGACCUCAGGUCAUGUUGACAAAUUUUCUGAUUAUAUGUCGAAGGAUCCCAAGACUGGGGAAAUUUUUAGAGUUGAUCAUUUGAUUGAAGAAGUACUAGAGGCCAGAUUGAAAGGUGACAAACAGGCUAGAGGUCAAUCAGCAGACAUUUCUGCCAAUGCUGAUAAAGAUAACAAGAAAGAACAAAAGAAAAAGAAAAUCAACCUAAAAGUCAAAGCUCUUAAAUUGGAUGAUAAAGUUAUUGAAGAAUAUGAAACUAUUUUAGCUAAGAUUGAUGGCUUCAAUUUAGAAGAAUUAACUGAGAUCAUGGAAGUCCACAAAAUUGGCAGUCCAGUAACUGGUAAUAAAUUAGAAAAACCAAUCUCAUUUAAUUUGAUGUUUGAAACUGCUAUUGGGCCAUCUGGUCAAUUGAAGGGUUAUUUAAGACCAGAAACUGCCCAAGGUCAAUUUUUGAAUUUUAGCAAAUUGUAUGAUUUCAACAACCUUAAAAUGCCAUUUGCCUCUGCAUCAAUUGGUAAAUCAUUUAGAAAUGAAAUUUCACCAAGAUCUGGAUUGUUAAGAGUUAGAGAAUUUUUAAUGGCAGAAAUUGAGCAUUUUGUUGAUCCAAAUAAUAAAAGCCAUGACAGAUUCGAUGAAAUUAAAGAUCUUAAAUUGAAGUUUUUACCAAGAGAUGUUCAACAAGCUGGUAAGACCAUACCAAUUGAAGUUUCAAUUGAUCAAGCAGUUUCCACUAAGAUGGUUGACAACCAAACUUUAGGUUAUUUCCUCGGUAGAAUUUAUCUAUUUUUAACCAAGAUUGGUGUUGAUACUGAAAAAGUUAGGUUUAGACAACAUAUGGCUAAUGAGAUGGCACAUUAUGCAGCAGAUUGUUGGGAUGCAGAAUUGUUAACAUCUUAUGGAUGGAUUGAAUGUGUUGGAUGUGCUGAUAGAAGUGCAUAUGAUUUGACAGUUCAUGCCAAGAAGACUAAAACUAAUUUGGUUGUAAGAGAAUCAUUAUCAGAACCAGUUGUGACUGAAACUGUUGAAUUAUCUAUUCAAAAAAAGAAUUUUGGUCCAAAAUUCAGAAAAGAUGGAUCAAAAGUGGAAAAUUGGUUAUUGAAAAGAACUGAAGAAGAUUUGAUUAAAUUGCAAAAAGAAUUAAAUGAAAAUGGUAAAAUCAAAUUCAAUGUUCCAACCAUUGAUUAUGAUAUUGAAUUAGAUAAAAACUUUAUUGAUAUUCAAAAAGUCACUAGAAAAGAGCAUAUUAGGGAAUACACACCCAAUGUCAUUGAACCAUCAUUUGGUCUUGGUAGAAUCAUUUAUUGUGUUUACGAACACCAAUUUUGGGCUAGAUCAGAAGAUCCAACCAGGGGAGUGUUAUCGUUCCCACCCAUUGUUGCUCCAACUAAAGUGCUAUUAGUUCCAUUAUCCAACCACGAUGAUUUGCUUCCAAUUGUAAAGAACCUUUCAAAAGUUCUCAGAAGCGAACAAAUACCAUUUAAAGUGGAUGACUCCAGCACAUCCAUUGGUAAGAGAUACUCUAGAAAUGACGAGUUAGGUACACCUUUUGGUAUCACCAUCGACUUUGAUACUGUCACUGAUCACUCAAUCACACUAAGAGACAGAGAUAGCACCAAGCAAGUCAGAGGAACAAUUGAAGAAGUGAUUGGUGCCAUCAAGAAGAUGACUUACAACCACUUGAGCUGGGCUGAAGGAACCAAGGACUUGAAGGUGUUCGAGUCGAAGAUUGAAGAUGAAGAGUAAAUUUUGCUUAGAAGUCAUCUAAGUUGUGUGUGCUUGUAUAGCAUUUCUAUAAAUUUUACGUAUUGUUUUUAUAUUUGGUAAUCCAUAAUGAUUUAACUAAUAGGCUUCAAUUCAUG